GUACGAGAUGCUGACGCUGUCGUUGCAUGAAGGUAACCCCGGCCAUCACCUGCAGGGAUCCUACGCCCUCGAGUCCCCCGACAUCCCCUACUUCAGGGCGUCCACGGAGGACAGGAACUACGCUCACUCCCCUAGCAGGUUCCCCCUGCGCACUUAUUACAUCGAAGGUUGGGCCCUAUACGCUGAGUCUGUUGGUUUCGACAUGGAACUCUACAAUGACCCACUAGAAAGAUAUGGCCACUAUUCUGACGAGAUGUUCAGGGCAUGUCGCCUGGUCAUCGACACUGGCAUUCACGCCUUCAAUUGGACCAAAGAACAGGCCAUGCAAUACCUGCUCGACAACACGGCCAUGACACCACAUGCAGUGGAGAAUGAAGUGAACCGCUACAUCACGUGGCCGGGCCAGGCGUUGGCUUACAAAUGGGGAGAACUGCAGCUCCGGGAGUUCAGGACCAACGCUGAGGAACAACUCCAGGAUCAGUUCAGCCUGCAGAGUUACCACGACGUUGUCCUCCAGAGCGUUGGUCCAAUGGUCGUUGUUCAAGAGACCGUUAACCAGUGGAUAGAAUCUGUCCAGAACGCAACAAAAAAUCAUCUAGAAUAAAUAAUGUUGUCAGUUGCGAUGUCCCGACCGUUCAAGUGGACCACUUUUUGUGGUAAGAGAGUAUAGCAUCAAAAUGUCUUGCAUGAACAGAUUAUUGGAUGUGAGAAAACAUAUUUCGGUUAUUUGAAGUAGGACAUAGAGCAAAAAUAUUGUGCAGAAAAAAUGUGCAGAACAUGACUUUGGUUGUUUUAUAAGCAAAAAUAUUAUUCCAAUAAGAAUCGUGUAUCGAUCUGAGCUAUCCGCAAGAUUGCACGACGAGACUUAAGUAAAUACCAUCAUUCUA